AUAACAGCUACGAAUGGAAAAUGGACUAUGGAGCACGUUCCCGUCUAUAAAAUCUGAAAGCAGUUGGCCCUUUCCCCAUUCUCAAUGGCCGUUUGUCUUCUUCUCCUGAGCUUCAAAGCCUCCCAAGAGCCACAGUAGUUGCUCCCUUCGUCGAUUCCGAGCGGAAUGGGUCGUUUUUGCUGGAGAAAGCGUUAGAAUUGGGCUAAGAUUUGAGAUCUGUAGCAAGACAUUGGAGAGCGGAAAGGACAGUUUGCUGAAACAUCAUCAAUAAUAGAUCGAUGGUAUCGGAGGAAUAUUUUUCCCCGGAUUGGAGGUCCAUCAUGGCAGCGGCAACAGAGCCGGAGAAUACUGAGGGAUGCUUCGACUGCAACAUCUGCUUAGACUUCGCGCAUGACCCUGUGGUCACCCUCUGUGGCCACCUCUACUGCUGGCCCUGCAUCUACAAGUGGCUCCAUUUUCAGAGCGCCUCCCUUGCCUCCGAUGAGCACCCGCAGUGCCCCGUGUGCAAGGCAGAUAUAUCCCACACCACCAUGGUCCCCCUCUAUGGCCGUGGCCAGAACCCAACCCGACCAGAGCUUAAGGGCAAGGCACCCUAUCUGGGUAUGAUCAUACCCCCUAGACCAUCGGCAAUUGGGACCCAAGCUCUGACUUCAACCACCGCCCACUCUGGCCAGCAACUUCAGUAUCGUAAUCCUUACCAGAACCAACAAUACAACCCUCAUCCCUAUGAAGAGGAUUCUCCACCCUCCAUGCUUAGCCCGGGGGGCACCAGACCGUCUGCUGGUCUCUUCCACCCGAUGGUUGGCAUGUUUGGAGAGAUGGUUUAUGCACGCGUGUUUGGGAACCCUGAGAGCCUGUAUGCAUAUCCCAAUUCGUAUCACCUAGCGAGCAGUAGUAGCCCCAGGAUGAGAAGGCAGGAGAUGCAGGUUGACAAGUCGCUCAACAGAAUUUCAAUUUUCCUCUUCUGUUGCUUUUUCUUGUGCCUUCUCCUAUUUUGAGCACAGCCAUUGUAUACUUUUUGUAAAGAAAUUAUGGAACCAAAAGUGGGAUGAGAAAAUGCUUGAGCGAGAAAAUGAAUGAACAUACGGUGCAUGGUUGGAUAGGACUGAGAAAUACAUGGAUGAUGUAUUGGUGUUGAAAGAUCUUGUUCAAUUGGAUUACUGUGGGUUCCUCAACUAUGUAUGAGUGAUGUAUGAGGAUUGAAGUAUGCAGGCUUUCAUUUCAAGUAUACCUCUCUAAUCAAUGAAAGUUGGAUUUGUUUUUACCUUAAGAAGAAGAAA